AGGACAUUGCAAUUAUAUUACGCUAAUGGCCUUAAUACACCCCAACUGCCAGGCCUCCCCAACCUUGUUCGAUUUGUCCACCAAUACCGGUCCGACCGCUUCCCCGCAAAGCUACUGUUACAAUGAGUGAUAUUAGGGCAUAUAAAAGGGGAUCUGCUUUAUGUCGACGAAUUCCCGGUCGUCCGCUGGUCGAUCAAACCAAGUUGUCUCUACAAUCCGUUCCUAGCUCCAACAACGAUGCGCUUCUUGUCGAUCGCGCUGGCGGCGGCGCUCUCGCGCGUGGCGACGGCAUCACUGCAGGUAGUGCCCGGAGGGACAUGGACAACGCCGGACGGACAACAUCUGCAAGCCCAUGGGGCGGGCCUGAUCGAACUCAACGGCACCUACUACAUGGUGGGCGAAGACAAGAGUGGCGGCCAUUCGUUCUCCAACGUCAACUGCUACUCGUCAACAGACCUCGUGCAGUGGAAGCUCGAGGGCGCGCUCCUGUCCCGCACCGGCUCUGGCGACCUCGGGCCGAACCGCGUCGUGGAAAGGCCCAAGGUCAUCUACAACGACAAGACGAGGAAAUAUGUGCUCUGGAUGCAUAUGGAUAGUUCGAAUUACGGGGAGGCAAGAGUCGCCGUGGCCACCGGUGACACCGUGUGUGGGAAGUACCAGUAUAUCCGGAGCUUCCAGCCAUUAGGGAGGGAGAGCCGUGAUAUGGGAUUGUUCAAGGACGACGAUGGCAAGGGAUACUUGCUGACCGAAGAUCGCAACUACGGCCUCCGCAUCGUGGCGCUCUCGGAUGACUUCUUGACCCCGACAACCGACGUGUUUUCGUGGAAGCUCGAGGGCGGCAACCGUGUCGAGGCCCCCGCUAUGGUCAAACUGGGCAACACAUACUUCAUGUUCGCGUCCAUGAUGACGGGAUGGGAUGCGAACGAGAAUCAGUAUACGACUUCCACCAGCUUGGGCUCCGGUUGGUCCGGCUGGAAGAAGUUUGCCGACAGCGGAUCGAAGACGUACACGUCGCAAACAACCUACAUCCUCAAGACCAGCGAGACCAGCGCCAUCUACAUGGGCGACAGGUGGAUGAAAGACAACCUGAUGGCUAGUACCUACAUCUGGCUGCCGUUGAGCAUCAGCGGAACCAGCGUGACCAUGAAGAACUUUGUCAGCUGGGUACCCACGUCCAACUUCGCCUCCUGGCAGAACCCCCCCGCCGAGAACAGCUAUGAAGCCGAGCAGGCGUCUUAUGGCGGCCAGGCGCGCAACGUCGACUGUUCUCCGUGCUCGGGCAAGGUGGCGGCGGGAUACAUCGGCGGCCCAGACAGAGGCAGCGUCACCUUCAGCGGCAUCCGCAGCGACAUUGACGGGCUGACCACCAUCCGGAUCAAGUUCCUCAACGGCGACAGCAGCCCGCGGUACGCCAACGUGAGGGUCAACGGGGACGCUGGUAGGAAGGUGGCCUUUUUGCAGGCGACGGGCAACCCGGCCAGCAGCACGCUCCACGCCAACUUGAAAAAGGGGUCCGAGAACACGAUUGUCAUCGAGGGGAUUGAUGACGGCUGGGGCCCUGAUAUUGACCGGUUGAUGGUGCCCGUUCAGUAGUCGUGGGGUGUUCACGCGGUUCAAUAUUUACCUAGGGGUAGCCCUUUUCUCAGGAUAGCAAUCUAGAACAGCUCUUGCCAUCAUCUACUGAGC